UGAACAGACCUCUAGCAUUUAGUCCCGGCUAAAUUUCAACUGAUAAAACGCCAGCAGCUCCCUGUUAUUGUCUGUAGAUAACCAAUACAAACCGCAUUAAGCAUAUAUUACAUGGAAACAAUGAUUUAUUAUGGUUGCUAAUUUCGGGUCUUCAUCGGGACCGGGGGACUGAAGGGACAGAGGAGUUAUAUCGCGCGGCAUGGACGAUGAGGGAGAUGAUAGUCUAUGCUUUGACACUGACUCAGAUUUAGUAGAAAAUAAGGACGGUACCAGGUGUCAAGUCAAAUGGACUCAGGAAGAGGAUGAAAAUCUCAAAAUUCUGGUCUGCAACAUUGGAAAAAAAGAUUGGAAAACUAUUGCUAGUUUUUUACCAGGGCGAACAGAAUACCAGUGUAUGCACCGCUGGCGAAAACAUGUGGAUCCUGACUUAAUUAAAGGCUUCUGGUCCAAAGAGGAAGAUGAAAAGAUAGUAGAGCUUGUGGCCAAAUAUGGCACCAAGCACUGGACUCUAAUUUCAAAGCAUCUAAAGGGUCGAUUGGGGAAGCAGUGCCGUGAUCGCUGGCACAAUCACCUCGACCCAAUGAUCAGUAAGAGCUGCUGGACUGAUGAAGAGGAUCUCAUCAUCUAUAAAGCCCACUCCAUUCUGGGAAACCGGUGGGCUGAGAUUUCCAGGCUGCUCCCAGGAAGGUCUGACAAUUCUGUGAAGAAUCAUUGGAAUUCGACCAUCAAACGUAAAGCAGAGCUGGGCUUCUUUAGAGAUGCUGCUCAAAGCGUUUCCAUUGAUAUUCAGCAAUUUGUGGAUGGAGAGGUGGAUUUCAAAUGUGACGUUGUUUUAGAUGCCGAACCAGUAACUCCUGAAGUGCUCAGGCCUGAGAAGUCAAUGCAGGACAAGGAGCACCAUAAAGCCAAGCAGAAGACUGCUGCUCCACCUCCACAGAGGUCUACAUUAAAGAGAGAGUCUUCCUCCCCCAGUAAUUCUUUGCUCCCCAGCUCAAAAUCCAGUCCCAGCUCUGGCACCGCACCACCAGCCGUGAAGGUGGACCAAAAAAAGUUUGCUGAUGCAGCACUAAGGAUGAUUGCUGAGGACAUGCUGCCCCUCAGCUUUGUUGAAGGGGCUGGCUUCAGGUCUUUCAUGAGUACGAUCAGCCCUGAGUACAACAAGCUAUCCCAGCGCGCAGUGGCCCUGCAGCUUUAUGACGAGGUGGAACGAGCCAUCAAGCCUCAGCUCAUCCGUGAUCUUAAAUCCUGCCUUGCCACAAUGAAAGAUGGUGAAAGUGCCAUUCAUGUCACCGUUGAUCUCUGGGCAGGGGCUCAAACCCUGCCAGUAGAGGAUCCCAUUGUUGUUGUCCAGCUUCACUUUAUCAGUGAUUCCUGGCAGCUCCGCCGUCCUAUUGUGGCCUUCCGUCAUGUCAGCCACAAAAACCUCAGCAUUUGUGUGUCCAGGGAGCUCGAAGGUGUGCUGCUGAGCUACGGGAUCUUUCCUCGCAGCAUCGGCUACAUCCUUGCCAACCAGGCCAAAGAAGCCCUAGCUACAAACAACUUGUUCUGCGACUACAAGAUUAUGUGCACGUCCAAUAGAGGAGAACCGGAUGGAGAUGAAGUGCUGGCAUUUCUGUCAGACCAAAUGUCUGAAGCAGAGUCCCCUUUUUCCGAGCUGCAGAUGGGGACAAGGACUACAUGUGCUGCCAGGACACUGCAGAUAGUGAUUAGGGAUGCCUUAAGAAAUUCAAGAGUAGUAGAGAACCUGCUCUCACAGGUCCACAAUGUGGUGGCUUUCUUCAAGAGCAGCCCCUACUGGAGUGAGGUUUUGAUGAAGGAGUACAAUGUGUCUUUGUGCCCUUCCUCUAGCAACUGUCGUUGGAACUCCAUGAUGCUAUCAUUACGGCGAAUGGUCCAGGAGUCUGUCUGGAGCUCCAUCAUGACUCUCCUGGCCCAGGCACGCAUAGAGGCUAGUGACACAGCCAGCGCCCCACCGCUGGUUAUGGUUAAGAGGGAACAAGUGAUUGACAUUCUAGGUCUUCUUGAGCCCUUUGAGGAGGCUAUGCAGGUCCUGCAGGGAAAUGGUGUGACUAUGUCUCUCAUCAUACCGUCCCUCAUUGGACUUGAUAAAACCUUGGAGAAUUGUGUCACCAACUACACCCACUUCUGCAAGGCGCUGCGCACAGGCCUCUACACACACUUCCAGCCAGUGAUUCACCAGAAGGACAUGAUACUAGCUGCUGUGCUGGAUCCUAGGAUCAAACUGCAGCCAUUUUCUGAUGACAACCAGGAUGAACAGAAUGAUUUCCUAACGCCUCCGUCAAAAUCUGAGGCUCGCAGCAUUGUUGAGUCCACAUUAGAAAACAUGGAAGCCUCAACUUUUCCAACUGUUGAGGCAGAGAAAGAUCAGACAGGCAGUGGGCUGGAGCACGAUGUGAAAGAAGAAAGCCAGACAGAUGCCGUGAUGGACACUUGUGCUGGCAGUUCAGACAACAACUGUCCUGAAUUCAGUGAAAACGACCUCAAGAGGAAGUCCAUCUUCAACUUCCUUCAGCCGCCUGCAAAGACUCUAAAGAUGUCAGAGUUUGACGUGUACCUGUCUGAACCACUGUGGGAAAGCAGCUCCACUCUUCAGUACUGGAAAUGUGCUUCUCGAUUCCCGAAGCUCCAAGGCCUCGCCAAGAAGCUGCUGGCGGUACCCGCCACAUCUGGAGGUUUUGACCGUUUCAGUCCGAUGGCUGCGUGCAUUGUGAAAGCAAAAAGGAACCGCCUGCCACCUCACACCACAGAGAGACUGCUACUAUACAAAAACUCUGUAAAAGUGAAGACUGUUAAAAAGCCCAGUCGGGCUGCUAAACACUGAUGGAUAACAGCUGAGUGUGGCAGAGCUUUCACAGCAAUAAACAGAAACUCUGCCUCUACUUUUAAAAACUGUGCCAUACGCUAAGAAGGAGGGUGAACUGCUAAUAUAUUGUAGCAAAUGAAUCACCUGACUCUUUGUUCCUAGAAUGCAUUUGCUGGACUGCAUUAAAAAAACAAAACAACAAGUCCUGUGUUACAGCUGGUUUCAUCAGUUUGUUAAAGUGACGCGUUCUGGUCAAUGAUCCUCACAGCUUCAUACCUGCAGCAGCGAUAGAAAUGCACACUGUCUCUGCGUGCUGUACGGUGCUGCUCAGAGUUGUACUUUGUCCCUUCCACACAUGAUUCAAGUCAGAGCUCUCUACUGAACUGGGAAAUGGCAAAUUAGAAAUGGAGUCGGUGAAUGAAUGGUAUCUGAUUCACUUCAAACCAAAAUGAGUUCAGCUUGUAUCGUUCUUUUGCAGAAUUUCAUGUUUUCUGACUGCAAUUUUGGUUAAGACAGUAAUAAAAUGUCAAAUCAGAGGUUGAAUGCUUAUUUAUUUCCACUAUGGACUGAUAAAUGAGAUAUUUGCUGCCAACUUGAUGGAACAGUAGAUCUUUAUAUUGAAUUUGGCUAUUCAGUCCCUCCAGCAAAAGUCAUUUAUAUUUUAUAGUCAAAUGAGAAAUCCACUGUACAUUUCUUUCAUGCAGUACAGUUUUUUUCCCUUCAUUCUAAUGUGAAAUACAACAGUGUCAGCAUCUUUUCAGCUUUUUAUCAGACUUGUCUUUCACCAUUUUCAAAUAGCCUAAUCAAUAUUUCAUGUACUUUCAUAGAUGCUGUUAUUUUCCUCAAAACCUUAGAUUUUUAAAAAGAAAACAUUUUGCUUGGAUAAACUAUAAUGUCUGAUGGAAGUUGAUGGAAAAGCUUAGUUUAGUUUGGCUUUGUCAGGUAGGCUGAUGUUGGCAUUGAAUGACAGCUACCUGAUUUUACUGUGUUAAAGACCGAUAAUGUGUUGAAAAUUAACACCAGUGUUAUGAGUGCUUUGAUCUCCUCUGAGAAGCAUUCAAAAAAGUUUUUGUUUGCAUUAAACAUUGGAGUAUGUAUCAGCUGUGUUAUCAAGAAACUGAGAUAUCUGCUAGAAACUGGAACUGAUAUUAAAGACAGUUUGCGACUGAAGAAAACUGUGAGAACAUUUUUUAACCCUUUAAUUGAUUCAUCUUCAGUUGAAACUGCGUCAAAUCUGCUGCCAAUGAGUAAUUUAAAUGCAUUCUAUUUUAGUGUUAUUAUUCAUUUACAUUUUAUUGCAUCAUUGUUGUGCAUUUUACUUGUUUUAGUUGCAUUCUAGUCUGUAAAGCAAGUUGUGCAGCAUGGCCUGUUGGAAAUGUGCUCGAUCAAUAAACUUGACCU